UCAAACUGCCUUGCAUGUGUUUCUCAGUCACCAGUCACCUUUCACUACUUCUACAGGAGAGGUGAUGAAAUGGAAAAAAUAGAGGUGAACAAGCAGCAGUGUAAAUUAGAGUCUCUUGAAGGUGAGAGUGAAGCAACCUGAGCAAUCCUUUUCACAUCUGCAAGAGAAACCACAAAGCCAAUGGUCAGCAGGGUCACAAGUUGCUGCUGACAAAGAUGGGAAUUUGAGGAUUGUAUUUGACAGCCUUUGUAUACUGUCCCGGAGAGCAAGACUGAGGAGGUGGCAGCCGCAGCAGUGACUUAAGAUCUUAAAGGACAAAGCUGUCGACUCGUGUGGUAGGACGAAGGUGCCAUGGGCUCUGCGCAGCUGCAGCAGCUGGAGGUGGUGGGACAUCUCAAAGAAUCUGCGUUCCAGGUGGCAAAAUGUGCAGCAGAGGCUCUGAGGUUGAAUUUUCCAACCAAGAUCGCAGAGCCUGUAUUGCUUCCCUUACAACAAGUUGCAUGGCAUGAAUAUUUACAGGAGAAGAAAAAGGAACUGCGAGGCGAAAUAUGGGAGUACCCCUCCAGGGUGAUGUGUUUUGUUGAUGGGCAGCUGCUGGGAAAUGAGAAGAAACUGCUCGAGUGGGCUUUUGAAAAGUGGAACUAUCAGGAUUUUAAACCUGAAGCACUUUACCAAGCUAUUACUGAGGACUUCUGCAAGAAGUAUAUGAAAAAUACCCAGCAUGUGUUUGUGUAUUUGGAUGCAGCUAUUCAGGAGCAACCCUUAGGGACACUGUUGUUUGAGCUCUAUUCUGAUGCAUGUCCCAAGACUUGUGAGAAUUUCCGUGCUCUGUGUACAGGAGAAGCAGGGAUCUCUCGCAGUGGUCUGCAACUUACUUACAAAGAAUCCAUUUUUCAUCGAAUAGUAAAAAAUGGCUGGAUACAAGGAGGAGACAUUGCAGGCGGAAGAGGAGAUGAUGGUGAGUCAAUUUUUGGACCCACUUUUGAAGAUGAGAACUUCUCAAUCCCUCACAAUAAAAGAGGGGUCCUUGGGAUGGCCAAUAAGGGGCGUCACAGCAAUGGGUCACAGUUCUACAUCACCCUACAGCCAGCUCCCUACCUGGAUAGAAAAUAUGUGGCUUUUGGACAGCUGAUCGAGGGUACGGAUGUUCUUCAGAAACUGGAAGAUUUACCUACAUGCAAUGAAAGGCCUGUAGUAGAAUGUAAAAUUAUUAGCUGUGGAGUUUUUGAGCCUUGACUGCAAGCUAAUUUUCUUUCUUACUGUAGCAUAUAACAGUACAGUGUAUACAUGUUUUUCUAAUCAGAUUUUGUAGAUUUUGAAGGCACUUUUUUUACAAACACCCCCUCCCCCAAUGUGUUCAAAUAAAAAAUGAUGGCAUGUUUCCUUCCAUUCUAAGAAUGUUUUUGUGCCUUAUUCAAAAACACUCAUGUGAGUGGUACUAAAGGUUUUGGGAAUGUACCUAGGUGCCAGUACAGUUAUAUAGACAACUAUGGUGACUCCCCAGUAGCAGGUAUAUUGCUAUAGUAAUGAAAGGACAAAUUUGUAUUGCUGGCCCAAAUUUGCCAUUCCUAAUGCUCUGUUUACUCAGUAAACUUAGCAUGCUUGGCAGCAGCGCCCAAAGUACCAUAGCCAUAACCAUGUAGCAUUACAGACAGUCAUUCAGCAGUGCUAAAUUAGCCUGCCAAAGCAUAGUGUCAACAUGGUUACCCACCUUCCUGGUUAGGGAACAACCCAAACAGAGCAGCGCAGCAUGUUUGAGGUUAUUGCUACCAAGCCUAGUUAGUUUGCUCUUUGUAGACCUGGCCUUAAGACAUGCUGAAGCUGCAGUGCACUGUAUUGAUACCCAUGGAAACUUUAAGCUAACCUUAACUUAGCUCAGAUACUGAAACAGUCAUUACAGUAGCAUGGAGCUCUAUGCUAACUUAUCCUACUCAGUAGUUUUAUUAGAAUCAUGGGUGCUUGUGAAGUGAGUCAUGGUUCUACAUAAGGGUUGCAAAACAGAGACUUCUCUGAAUGUCUGAAGCAUGAUUUCAUUCCCCUGCCCCCACCCCAUCCACCUGUCCACUGCCCUGCGCUGUCUCUGGCUGCCCUGGGGAUAGGAGGAGUUCCAAAGCUGCUCAUGUCUCACUCUAGCCAGGCUACACAGGGAGCAGCAGCAGCAGCCCACUUCCCUUCCCCUGCCCAGUCUCUUUGCUAUCUCUGCUGCUGUCCGCAGCUGAGCCUGGCUCCCUGUGCUACCCAUCUGGAGCAGGGCAAGAGCCGCUCUGGAGCUUCCCCCAUCGCCAGGGCAGCUGGAAGCAGCAGCAGCAUUGGCUGGGGCAGGGGGAAUGGAAGAGGAGCACAAAGGGGAACAGAUGGGAGAUUCCUACCUGAUUUCGGGGCUUAAAAAGCCAUCAGCUCAGGGAUGGGCAAUUAUUUUGGGCGGAGGGCCACUUAGCAAAUUUUAGCAAGCUGUUGAAGGCCACAUGGGUAACCCUGCCCUUUGACAGGUGCCCUGACCCCUGGUCACCAUCUUGGGACCAGAAGUCCAGCUCCUGACCCCUGAUCCUUGUCACCAGAAGUCCCUCCCCUUGCCCCUGGAAGUACUCCUUUGAAGAGGGUUUGCAAUCUUAGAACCGGAAAAAACAAAUUAUACUCUAAAAAUCAAAUACCCAUAAUAUUAUAUUUUAAUUCAAUUAAAAAUAUAUAUUUUUGUCCUGA